AUGACUUCUGACACCGCCCCUGUCGGUAGUAGCGUCGUCACUGACCUCAAAUUGAGCCUCGACGACCACAAGAGUAUCGUCACGGUGGUGACCAGUGCUGCCCUGGACCCGCUUACUCCACCUCCCGACUACUCAACUCACGAUCCAUUCAAAGAAGAGCAACCGCGUGGAAGACAGAUGACGACAACACCAGGCCUCUUCCGACGAGCUCUGUCCGAGCCCAAGGUCGCCGAGAAUCCAUGCCCAUGUGGUCGCGAUCGAAGUUCAAGCAACAGAAGACCUGGGUCAAAAGCAGGCAGAGAAUCAAUGCAAGCCUUGAAACAGCGACUAGACCAAAUGGCUGCAGAGUCAGAAGACGAUGCGCUCAAAGGCAUUGAUGCCGCACUAGCACUCAGGUUUGGGACAGAGAAGAAGAAAAAGAAGAAGAAACCAACGAUCAAGGCCAUCAGCUAUCAGAGCGUAUGUCCGACGGGACCAGAAAAGAUCAUCAGCUACCAGAGUCUUUGCCCUUCGGGUGAGCCGAUCGACCGCGAGCCUGCGAAGAAGCCGACAGCUCUCAACGGCUUCCAUCGACGACAGGCUGAACGUGAACGCCUCGAGAGCAUCGACACAAUGCGCGACCUCCCCAUCGCCGCAGAAUUCAAGCGCCGCGACUCCGAAAUCGAACGCCUAUUCGGCCACCACGAGCCACAGCCGCACCACCGCCGUUCACGUUCCUCAAAAGCAGACCGCAUCCUCGGCGAAUACGUCCCCCUCGACAUCACCCCUUCCCCCUCCCGCCCCACAACCUCCUCCAACAAAGCCGACCGCCUGCUAGGAGAAAUCGGCACCAUCCGUUCCUCCCGCGAAGGCAGACCCAACAUUCCCACCAGAGCUUCCACCGCAAUCUCCGACUUCUCCGACACCCAAACCAUGCGCAAACGCGCCAGCUCCGCGGCGACGAGACACAUACGGAAAAUCUCCAAUCAUGACGCCCAGACGUUGUGGAAGCCUUCGGAUCUUUGGAGACCUACGGCACGCAUUGAUCGCUCUGCUACCGUGGCGAGUCGCACGAGUGUGACGAUUAGUUCGGCGGCGCUCGCGAAGAAGUUGGGGGUUCCGAUUAGUACUGAUGGGCAAUUGUUUGAGUCACGACAUGGGAACUUUCGCUCAUCAUCAGGAUUCUUCGGAUCUUGA